ACUAUUGUGAUGAAUUUGUUAAUAUGGUUAGAGAUCCUCCUGGUUUUGUGGAUGUUUCAACAUCAAUAUCAACACCACAGUUGUUUAUAAAUCAUGAAAGAAUUAUCAGAGAUGCUGAAUCUCCAGAAACAAUAAUCUCUUCUUCAUCACCCGAAUGUGAAAUGGUUGACCCUCCAGAAAUAUUUCCAGGAUUGCUUUUGAUCAGUGGUGAUGAGUGUUCCCAAAGAGAGAGGUUAACUUGUUCCCCUGUAGCUCCCAUUGUAGCACCUAUUCCAGUGAGAGCUUUAAUGAAUACAACUGAUGAAUCACCAUCCUCAGCAUCAGAUAAUGAUGAAGAAAAGAAUAAAGAAAAUGUGAUAAAAGCAAAGAAUCGACAUGAGAUGUUUGUCAACAAGACUAAAAAGCUACGAUUGGGCAAAAAUCCUGUUCCACUUAAAGACUCUGGCAAUGUUGCAGUGACUUUGACCUUGUCUUCAUCUGAAUCCGAUGACGUUCAAGGAGUUCUUAAUGCACUGGCUGACUUGCUAAAGAUACCUCGUCCAACUACUUUUGAAGUUGAUUGUACUCCUACUUCUCCUGUGCAGAAGCUUGGGCUUUACAACAAAGCCAAACACUCAACUAUCAAGAUUCAUGAAUCACUGUUAGAUGUGAAACCCCGAUUUUGUAGGCAUUGUGACAUUGCUGUAGUUGGUGCAGGCAUUCAGAAGAAGGCUUCUGAACUUCCCUACAUUUCCAAAGAUGAAUGGGAAAACGAUGAAGUUACUUUUUGCAGCACUGACUGCUAUGUUCAAUUUGCUCUGACGCACAAAUCAGCAUCAUCUUCUGAACAAAAGGAGACAACUGCUGUUGUUAGUCAUCUUGGUAAUGCUGCUCAAUCAGAAAAAUGUACCAGUGCUGUAGAAAACCAAGGAGCUAUGUUCUUGGAAAACUGUUCAGGGUCGUGUACUGCGGAAGGUGUGGCCGAAUCUGAAACUGAGAAACCUUGUAAGAACAUUCUUCACGUGUCAGCUCAAUCUUCUCCCACACUUGAAAUAGAGAGAACAGAAGAACUAGAUGUUAUCCAAGAUGAUGAAAAUGUUAGUGCUAAAACUGUAGAAGAAGAAGUAGUGCAUGAUCAGUUUAUGUCUUUGGAGGAAAAGACAAAAACCAGUAUCAGCUCUGAUGUUUCCAGAGCCAAAAAGCACAGUAUCCUAGACAAAAAGGAGGAUUCUGAACCACUAUCGAAAAAGUGGCACGGUUUGCGAUGGAAGUUUUGGAAGGACAGUUGUUCAUAUAAAACAUAUAAAAAUCUAUCUGAAGAAGACCUUGGGCAGACAUUUGACACUACAUCUGUCUGUGUCAAGCCAAACGAGGGACUGAAAGAUGAAAGAAUGUGUGUUUUGUGUCAUGAAGUAGGAGAUGGAGACACGGAAGGCCCAGCCAGAUUACUGAAUGCAGAUGUUGAAAAGUGGGUUCACUUGAAUUGUGCUCUUUGGUCCACAGAAGUGUAUGAGACAGUGAAUGGUGCUCUGAUUAAUGUAGAAACAGCCUUCAAACGAGCCAUGGUGUCAGUUUGUGUACGAUGCAAGAUGGUUGGUGCUUCCUUACGCUGUUUCAAACCCAGGUGCACCAAUGUUUACCACUUCCCAUGUGCAUUUCAGGAAAAAUGUUCUUUUUACAAGGAUAAGAGUAUGCUUUGUCCACAGCAUGUACCCAAAGUUCCUGUACUGGACAAUGAAUUGGAAUCUAUGGCUGUCUUCAGGAGGGUUUACAUAAACAGAGAAGAACACAAGCAAAUUGCAAGUAUGAUUCAUCAAGGUGAUAAAUACCUCAUUCGUAUUGGUAGCCUCAUUUUGUGGAAUGUUGGGCAACUUCUGCCUCACCAGCUUCAAGCUUUUCACAGCUCAACUUCCAUUUAUCCUGUGGGAUAUAAGGCUGUUAGGAUGUACUGGAGUAUUCGAAGACUUGGGAAGCGUUGUCGCUAUGUGUGUAGCAUCCGUGACUUCAGUGGAAAACCAGAUUUUCAAAUACAGGUGCAGGAACCAGGCCAUGAUGAAUUUACUUUAAAGGAUUCAACUCCUAAAGGUGUAUGGCAGCAAGUCUUAGAACCAAUACAAGAAAUGCGUCAACAAGCUAAAACCAUCAACGUGUUUCCAAAUUUCAUCACCGGGGAAGAUCUUUUUGGUCUAACAGAACCAUCCAUUCUUCACAUUCUUGAAUCUCUUCCUGGGGUAGAUUCUCUCACAGACUACAGUUUUCGUUAUGGCCGUUCAUCAUUAUUGGACCUUCCUCUAGCCAUUAAUCCAACAGGUUGUGUCCGCACAGAACCCAAACUUAGAACACAUUUCAAAAGACCACAUACCCUGCAUACAAGCAAUACAUUUAGAUCUAGUCUGCGAUCAACCCUUGGAGAAGCAGAAGCUAAUUCACCUUAUAUCAAACAGUUUGUCCAUUCUAAAUCUUCUCAAUACCGAAAGAUGAAAACUGACUGGCGAAAUUAUGUCUACUUAGCCCGUUCUCGAAUCCAGGGCCUGGGGCUGUAUGCCGCCAGAAAUAUAGAAAAACACACAGUGGUUAUUGAGUAUAUAGGUGUACUCAUUAGAAAUGAAAUAGCUGAGAGGAAUGAGAGAGAAUACACAAAAAAAAAUCGAGGAGUAUACAUGUUUCGCUUAGAUGAGAACAGGGUAAUUGAUGCUACCCUGUCUGGAGGGCUAGCUAGGUACAUCAACCACUCAUGUAAUCCAAACUGUGUAGCUGAGGAGGUGCAGAUUGAUAGAGAGAAGAAGGUUCUGAUUAUAGCCAACCGCAAAAUCACUUGUGGAGAAGAGCUGAGUUACGACUACAGGUUUGAGGUGGAAGAUGAUCAAAACAAAAUCCCUUGCCUGUGUGGGGCACCUAACUGUCGAAAAUGGAUGAAUUAGGCCAGUAGUACUAAACUCCACUAUGAAUUGUGUGUGUGUGUAGGAGAAAGAGGAAAAGAAUGAAUUUUUAGAAAUCAUUUUUCCAAGUAGUAUCGGUACGUGAUAUUCAGGAAAAACUAUUGCUAGAAGACCAAAGUGUAAUUUGAAUCAUGUACAACUCUAAAAGGAGUCUAACAAUCAUUUUGUUUACCUUAUAAAUGUAAUAUUUUGGUGUAUUGUGAGUUAUUUUCAUGGUGAAUUUUGGGAAACUAUUUUUUUUUUUUCUUUCAUCUUUUAAAACAUAAUCUGUAUUAAUCGUAGGAAUGAAUCUGUUGGACUUGUUUUUAACAUAUCAUGAAGUUCUAUGGGUGAUAAGACUACUGUAUAAUUUCUAACAGGUUAUAUAUAAUAAUAGACUAAGUCCUUAAAAUUGAAAAAAACUAUUAACAGGUUUUUCUGAGAUUGUUUGAACUUCAGGUCAGACAACUAAGUUGACUGAAAGAAGUAUUUAAUUGUACAGCUUUGAACAUUUCUAAGAAAUUAUAUUCUGUACUAUGUUUUAUAGAAGUCGGUAUUUACAAUAUUAGUGUUGUUGUGUUUCUUAAAGUUGAUAGUGACACAAGAACGUAAUUAUGAUUUAAGUGGACAGUGUGUGACGUGGUCACUCAUUAGAGGCAUUUAGCUCUGUAAAUGUGUUUAUGUUUGGCAUGAAAAAGUACCUCAUGUUUUUCGUUUCUAAUGCCAAAUAUCUAUUAAUUUUCAUCUUGGAUUUCUUUUGAUUUGAAAAAUAAUAAUUGAGAUUUAAUGAUAAAUAGUACUUUGUGCUAUCUUAUCCCUCCUUUUUUAAGUUAGAAAACUUAAUUAUGCAACACCAAAUGUACAAAUUCAUUACUUUUUUGGGGAUUUUCAGGAUCACUUGAUUUCUAUUAGGAUGUUGGCAUACUAGGUAUACUAGUAGCUCUUAUAUCUAAAAUGUUCCUAUGAGAAAUCUUACGAGUCUCCAAAUUAUGUGUUAGUUUUUGAAACGGGUGUGAUAAGUUUGUAUGCAAAGUGUGUAACUUUUUCAAAAAUUAUAUUUUGGUAUAUGAUUAAUAUGAAACCAUUUUUGUCGAGAUUUUCAUUUAUUAAAUACUUAGAUUGUCUUAUAAAUAAAAGUUUGGCAUAAACUUUAUAGUUUAAAAAGAAAAUUAUUACUCUCCACUGCUGUAUUUGCUGGAUAGUUUAACACAGGUUAUUAUGACAGAGGUGAAAAAAUAUAUUUCAUAUUAAUAGAGUUUAUUUAAAUUCUAAAAUUGGUCAUACUUUUUUUUUCUAAUUAAAGUUAAACUUAACAACAAUAUAUAACUUACAAACAAGAUUUCUGAUGCAUGUUACUAUUUUAUUUUUUGCUUUUUUUAAAGUUGAAAAAUUAACCUUCCAUUUUAACCUGUACCACAAUCACAAAAGGUUUCAAGUAACAUCAAUUAUAUUGUAUACAGUAUUGUAACCCAAAAGAUAUUUGUAUUACAAUGAGAUUACUGAAGAGUUACUAGUCUGUUACUAAAAAAAAAUAUACAGAUCAGUUUUUAAUGGAAAAUAAUGUAUGUAUAAAAUAUGAAAAAAAAGAGGACAAGUUCUUGAUAGUUUCAAGCUCCUGAAUCAGUUUGUCUUACAACAGGUCGAGAAUUGAUUAAACCUGAACAGUAUUGUAACUUGUAUAUAAACAAAAUGUUGAGGAAUAUAUAUUCAGCAUUCGAAAGAUUUCUGUAUAGUUAUUAAAGAUAUGAUAUUACUUGCUUUAAGCCAGAGUCAUUGCUAGUGAGACCACUGUAAUUGACACAGAAUUUGUACAACAUAGUUUUCAUUAAAACUCGUGAAAACCA